AUGCCAAUUGAGCACGGAACAUCAAGAAUAAGGCGCCGUAGUCAACCAGGCCAGGAAGAAUCUGGAUGGAAUGAUGUUGAGCAUCUUCAGGGAUUGAUGUCAAAGCUGAGAGAACAGAUUAGUAUUAGGUUGUUGAAGACUGACUUUAGGGUUGACAGUGGAAGAAGUAUUCCAACAUUGCCUAAUGGUUAUGAUUCACUGCAGCAUUAUAGAAGAUCAUUGAUGUUUGUUACUAAAGGCUCACCAAAAUAUCUCAGUUCUAUAAUAAUAAAGAAAGAAGAUGAAGCAAAACUUCCUUGGUCAUCAGACAUCACAGAAUCGUUCCAACAAGCUGUAGAGCUUAAACUAGUGCAGGUGAAAAGGAACCAGAUUAUGUGA